AUGCCCUUCCAGAACAAACACAGCAAAUGCCCAUUGCUAAAAGGCAGCAGUGACUCCUUAGCGAGCUGCUUCCUGGCUGUAUAUGUUCUUAUUGGGGUGACUCAGGAGCUGCUUCACAAGAUGCAGGAAAAAUUCCCCAUCUUUACCCUGAUUGCAGCUGGACUACUGGAUUUAUCUGGUGCCUCCAGGAAUGAACAUGAUGUCAGUGAAGUAUUAGCCCUGAGCUUUCCUGGAGAAGACCAACUGAGAGCUGAGAGCAGCCCGGCGCCCAGCGAAGUGUUCUCCAUUACGGAAGAUGAUAACUCAGAUGAGGUGACCUUUAAUUUUCAGAGUCCAGCAGUUGAUCCUACCAAUGAAACGACAGCUGACUUCGUUCCUGUCCAUACAGAGACAGCUGCAAAAGGAGCAGCCGUGCUGCCUAGGGAGUUGGAUAGAAACUUGGAGGUGUCUGAGCAACUUCACACAGAAGCAGCAUCUUUAAAACUCCAGGAUGGACACACAUUUCCUAGCAAACUCUUGAGUAGCAUAAGCACCCCUGUCUCCACACAAGGAUCACAGGCUACCACGCAUCUGGAACAGCCGGAGAGGUCACUGCAAGGAAAACCAGAAAAUAUUACUGAGGUUGGUUUCAGUCCUACCAGCUCUAGUGCUGGGCUGCCCCAGCCCCUUCUCAGUGGAGGGACACACCAAGACUCUCCGGAGUUUAUACCUGUCUCUGCCAUUCCUGUUAUCAAGCAGAUGGAGGUGCCAAGUCCUAUAACGUCUCUUCUGACUUCAACGGUAAAUUUUCAUCCUCCAAGAAAAGAAAUAGCAGCAUCUCCAUUUCCCACCAGAGUUGAGAUUGCUUUUGAAAGUGCAAGGGUGGAUUGUUUACCAACAGUAAUGCCUCCCACUAGCAAAAGGCAAAAAGACAUAAAUCUGCAAGUUCAGCCUGACAGCAAAGCUGGUGUGACACCUGCAUACCUGAAGAAGACUCAGAGUAUGGAUGCUAAAGUUACAGCUUCUGCAUUCCUACAAAAGCCAGCUUCAGGGGACCUUGAUGCAGUCUGUUCCAGAACGACACGGACAACUGCUGUUCAGUUUUCCCCUAUUUUAUCUCUGAAGCAAGAAACAACAGGCAGUAAAGCCAGAAACUCGACACCAGCUGUAAUGAAUGGUUCUGGACACCCAGCCCAGUUGCCUGAUCUUCAGACACUCCCACAAGGCAAUGUACAUUCUUCUUCAUUAUUGAUGCAUCUGGAAGCUCUGGUUCACGAUGACUUACUUCCAUCUCCCUUUCAAGGGCCCAUUAGCACAACUGAUAGACAGCAGCCCCUCUCUUUGUCCCAGACUCUCAACUGUACUAAACAACAUGUUUCCCAAGAAACCAACAGGAGCUCCCAAGAAAUCACAGUUCUAGUUUUGCAAAGAGAUACUGAUCAUCAGACAAUGACAAGUAAACCUGAAAAAUCCAGAUCUCCUGAGAGCCCCCAGGCUUCUGCUAAUUCAUCUUCAUUAAGCCAAUCAUGGAUUUCCACAUUAGAACUUUCCCAAACUACUAAAGAGCAAAAAGGAGGAACGUCUGCAUUUUUUCCAGGUACGUCUACCUUUGAGAAUGCAGCCCUUCAACCUGUAAGCGCUUUUGAUUCUGUUCGUGCAGGGCUUCAGCCGCCAGGUACAUCUUUUCCUACUUACGUUGGAUUGCAGCUAAUGGGCAUCCCCACCUCUGCUGAGAAAGGACUUCACAUACCAACUUCAUCCAAGUCUACAGGUUCUGGGUCUCAGGUUCAAGGCAUUUCUGCGCAUCCUGUAUCUCGGGAAGCCUUCCCUAUGAUGCUGCAGAUGAGCACAGUGGAAGACGCCAAGAGAAAGAAAAGUCUCCCACAACAGACAGGUAAAAGUGGUUCUCCCCCACUGACUCCACAAGCCAGCCCAGUCCCCAGCCCCUCUGAACUGCAUGCCAACAGCAACCAGAAAGUUCCUCUUCACAGCUUUGCCCCUUCAGCCUCCCCCAUCCAGCAGGCUGGCAGCCUGGCAGCUUUUGCUUCAAAACUGCCCUCGCUCCGUGCACAGGGAAGCCAGUCCAGCUCAACAGCAGCCCAUCCUGAACCAGUGGUGCCCAGUGUUUCUGAUGAGAUGCCAGCAUAUCUGGCACAAGCACCGGUGCAGCAGUUCAGUAUGUCACAUGAUGCAGCUACCAAAAACCUCAGUGCUUUGAGAGGUGAUCAACUUACAAAGCUACCAUCAUCCCCAUACUUGUCCUUUCUGCUUAAAAAUACUAACGGUAUGAUAUGCCUGCAGCCCAUGCAAGAUUCCCCUCUACCUACAAAAUUCCCAAACACCAGUGUCGGGGGUCUGGUUUCCAUUCAGCAAAUCCUGGCAGCAUCAAAUUCUUCAGCACUGGACCUUGCAAACUUACAAAAUCUGAGCCCUUCUAGCUUAAUUCUGGUUAAGCCUGUGUUUAUCCUUUUGCCCACUGACAGACCAGAUUUAUGGAUGGUGCCCUCUCCUGAGGGUGAAGAUGACCACAAAACUACCCUUUUGUUCCCGACCAAGCAAGAUCUGAAUUUGGGUACCCCUGAAAUCAGCCAUGAUAUCCCAGUGAAAACUAGUUCCUCUUAUCCCACGAGUAAGUCUUUGAGGCCUGAACCUGCUGUCUCCACUGCAUCUAACCAACAAGCAGAGAAAAGAAACGUAACUCCUCAGCCAGUGCUAACUAAUCCUAAUUAUACAGCCGUCACUAGUUUGUUUCAAGCUGUUACCUCAGCAUCAAACCAUUUGCUGGACCCACGGAUGAGGAUUAGCACUACAGUGCAGGCCAUGCAUCUGCACGGGCUGCCUGAAGAGAUGCAGGUACCUGCUCCCAGUUCCCAAGAGGCCAAGGGGACUGAUUUGCUUUUACUUAACGGUAUGCUAGCAGAGCCUUUCACCUCCACUGUGCCGCCAUUAGUGGUGUCUGCGCAGCAUAACCCCCGUAUUUCCCCCGAAGUAUUUUUUACCGCUGAAAAGCCACGUUCUUCUUCUGUAAUUCCUUUACGGUCAGCAAAGGGACUCCCUGAUUUUCAAAUGCCUGCCCAACCUCCAUUUACUAUCACAGGGACUGUAGAUCGGGUUCAGCACAGUAAGAAACUAAUGCUGCAAACUACCAGCCAUCGUCAAGGCUUAGUGACCACACCUUCCUCUGUCCAUGCACAAUGCACAGAGUGUUUGACCUUGGGCUCUGCUAGAACCAUAAAAUACCCAUUAAAGAUGUUCACGAGCAUCACGCCUUUGCAGGCCACGUUGCAAAGUCUCCUAAGUACUGAGUCACUUCAAAGGCUGCCAUCACAAGUUCAGUUUGUACCCAGCACAUCAUCAGCUUUCUCAACGCUUCCAGCUGGAAAUGAUUGCAAAGAUUCGGUAGCGGGCAGCACGGCCUGUUCAGGAGGAGUCACUGUGCGUGCUAAAGCAGCACAAACCCACGCCACUUCUAUAAAACCUGAUCUUACUAAACAUUUGGAAGCUACUCCUAUUGUGUCUAAGCCCAUUAUAACGACAGAGACACCAACAAUAGCACCAGCGCAUACUCCAUUUUCAACGAAGGUCCAAAUGAAAACAACAGUUUCUGGGAAACUUCUGGCUACAGUUACCCAUCCAAGGAUGUAUACCAGCUCUCCUGCAAGCCCACCUUCACCUGCAUCUACACACGUUCCCCUGCUAUCAGCCAUGACACGUGACCAAAGCCAACGAGCCCCUACUAAACCGUUCUCACAGGCCAGCAUGGGAGAAAAUACAAAGCCAACUGAAAUCAGCACAAGUGCAAGAAAGACAGGAACUGGUAAAUUCUUGGGAACAAGCGUGUCCCUGUCAGCCAUGUUUAAGACAAGGACACAGCAACCCUCCACAGCAGUUCUUGGGAAUGAGGUUGUUUUAACUCCAGUACAACCAUCUGUGUCUGCAGGAUCUAUUAGUGCUCUUGAGAGACAGCCUAAAUUGACACAGACCACAUCACAGUCUCCAUUAGCAAUGACUUCUCUCUCUGCAGCUAAGAAUGAUUACAUCACUACUUCACUUACAAAGAAAAAAGCAUUUUUCCUGCCAACAUCAACUGUCCGGUCUGAUCCAAACAUGGUGCUGCCUACAGUUGCCAGAGUGAACAAGAGUGAGGACGUGUUAGUAAAAGGAGAUGCAGCCACUGCUAGCCAGCUGCCCACUCAGGCACCCAUGACUUCACCACAUCAGGCAUCAGCAAGAUGCCCUUUGGAGAAGGUAUCACUGGAAGAUGACAUCGAGCAUGAGACUGGUCAUUCCAGCCCUGACGCUGCUAUGCGUGCCACUGGCCCAUCUACAACAAAAGCGUUUUCUGUCUCUGCUAAUAGGCUUGUAAAUAAGGUUACUAAUCAGUCAGCUGUCUUCAAUAAAGUAGCUGUGAAUGAUGCUGGGAUGCUUCUAGCCAGAGAUCUAAUCCAGUUGCUCCCAACCCCAGAGAGCCCCUCGUAUUCUCCUCGGAGUCUGGUAGUGCUUACGCCACAGGGGAAUUCCUUGCUGGGUGUUGCAAACACUGGACAAUCUGAGGGGCUGCUCUUGAACACGGAGGCAGAGGAGGCGGUUAGAACAAACAAAGUAACAGAAGAAGCAGCUGAAGGCUUAGUAACUCUUCUAACGCCGCUGGAUUCGGAGCCCAGAGCACUGCCGAGUGAAUCACAUCAGAGGAGGGUUUUGCAGUCGGAUGCUGCCAUUCUGAAUGGCCUUGCAGUUGUGAGUGAUGAUGUCUGCGGCUCCGGUAACUACACUGUGCAGAUGAGCCUGCGCCCUGCUGCGGAAGCAAGCCCCGAGGUCGAAGGGUCGGUGCCUUCCCGGGAGACUUUCCUGGCUUUAAUUGCUGUGCAGAGCAACAGCAGCCAGCCCGUGCUCCAGAUCCGGUCAUGCUGCGUGACGCCUUCUGCCAGCCCAGGGGGACCAGGCGCGAUGUGCUGCCUGUUCCACAGGUUGCCAUUUGAAUGCAGACACAUCCAGUUACUGCAGAGCAGCAAGUCCAGAGCUGCUAGCUUCACCAUCCAGCUGUUCCAGAUGCUGAAUCAUUCAGUGGCCUAUUUGCAUUGCGAGCUUAAUGUCUGUCUGCAUGGCAAACCAGGGUGUGAACAGGACUGCUUUGAAAGCGUGGAGCCACUCUUCCAGCCAAGUGACAGGAACAGCUAUGGAAACCUGCACAACCUGAUCUCAUUUGGUCCAGUUUUGAGAAUGAAGAACAGGUUUCUAUAUAAACCUGUGGAAGCUCCCUCCGGGGCCGGCCCGGCCUCCCUCUGUCCUGACCGCGUCCUCCCGCCUUUGCAGCCGCUGCUGGCGGAGAAGAAAGAAGAGGCAUCCAGCGCGUGUGCGUGGAAGGAGCCGCGAGGCAAGAGCGAGCGAGAGGAGGAGCGGCAGCGGGCUGAAGAAGGGGCAAGAGAAAGGCGCUCCUGGGAAGGGCAUCUCCCUGUCUCCGGGGCUGCGGUCACCUAA